CAACCUGCUGCCGCUGCGGCCCGGCCGAGCCCAGCGAGUGCCGCGCGCGGAGCACACGCUCUCACUCCAGCUCUCUCCUUCGCGGUUCAUGACUGUGCGCUCUGCCCGCAGCCUCCAGCCCGCGCCGCACCUCCGCUGCCCGCUGCCCGCCGCCGCCAGCGCCCCCGAGGGAAGGAAAGCAGCAAGGCAGGCGCAGCUGUGCGCCCCGCGGAGCCCGCGACCCCGGCCCGCAGCCGGCUGGCACCAUGCUGCCCGCGCGCUGCGCCCGCCUGCUCACGCCCCACUUGCUGCUCAUGUUGGUGCAGCUGUCCCCGGCUCGCGGCCACCGCACCACGGGCCCCCGGUUUCUCAUAAGUGACCGUGACCCUCAGUGCAACCUCCACUGCUCCAGGACUCAACCCAAACCCAUCUGUGCUUCCGACGGCAGGUCCUAUGAGUCCAUGUGUGAGUACCAGCGAGCCAAGUGCAGAGACCCGACCCUGGGUGUGGUACAUCGAGGUAGAUGCAAAGACGCUGGCCAGAGCAAGUGUCGCCUGGAGCGGGCUCAGGCCCUAGAGCAAGCCAAGAAGCCCCAGGAGGCAGUGUUUGUCCCGGAGUGUGGUGAAGAUGGCUCCUUUACCCAGGUGCAAUGCCACACUUACACGGGGUACUGCUGGUGUGUCACCCCAGAUGGGAAGCCCAUCAGUGGCUCUUCUGUGCAGAAUAAAACUCCUGUAUGUUCAGGUUCAGUCACCGACAAGCCCUUGAGCCAGGGUAACUCAGGAAGGAAAGUCUCUUUUCGAUUCUUUUUAACCCUCAACUCAGAUGACGGGUCUAAGCCGACACCCACGAUGGAGACGCAGCCGGUGUUCGACGGGGAUGAAAUCACCGCUCCCACUCUAUGGAUUAAGCACUUGGUAAUCAAGGACUCCAAACUGAACAACACCAGUGUAAGAAAUUCAGAGAGAGUACACUCGUGUGACCAGGAGAGGCAGAGUGCCCUGGAAGAGGCCCGGCAGAAUCCUCGUGAGGGCAUUGUCAUCCCAGAGUGUGCCCCUGGGGGCCUCUAUAAGCCAGUGCAGUGCCACCAGUCCACUGGCUACUGCUGGUGUGUGCUGGUGGACACGGGGCGACCGCUGCCUGGGACCUCCACGCGCUACGUGAUGCCCAGUUGUGAGAGCGACGCCAGGGCCAAGAGUGCGGAGGUGGAUGACCCUUUCAAGGACAGGGAGCUGCCAGGCUGUCCAGAAGGGAAGAAAAUGGAAUUUAUCACCAGCCUACUGGAUGCCCUCACCACUGACAUGGUACAGGCCAUUAACUCAGCAGCGCCCACUGGAGGUGGGAGGUUCUCAGAGCCAGACCCCAGUCACACCCUGGAGGAGCGAGUUGUGCACUGGUACUUCAGCCAGCUGGACAGUAACAGCAGCAAUGACAUCAACAAGCGGGAGAUGAAGCCCUUCAAGCGCUACGUGAAGAAGAAAGCCAAGCCCAAGAAGUGCGCCCGGCGUUUCACCGACUACUGUGACCUCAACAAGGACAAGGUCAUCUCACUGGCUGAGCUGAAGGGCUGCCUGGGUGUGAGCAAGGAAGGUCGUAGUCUUGGCAGCUUCCCCCAGGGAAAACAAGCAGGCACAAACCCAUUCAUAGGACGCCUCGUCUAAGGAGCAGAAAACCACAGGGCAGGCAGAGAGACCAGGGAAGCAGGACGAAUCAUCAGACACCUAACCUUCGACGCUGCCCGUGGCCCAGCCAAAUCCCAUGUAACAUGAGUGGUGCCCACUGUAUUUGCACUUUUAAUAACUCUUAUCUGCGUGUGUUCUUUUUGGUUUCAUUUGUAAACACCAAUAUCUAAUACCACAGUGGGAAAAGGAAAGGGAAGAAAGACUUUAUUUUCUCUUUUAUUGUAAGUUUUUGGAUCUGCUACUGACAACUUUUAGGGGUUUUUUUUUGUGGGGGGAGGAUAUUGUUGGGACUGAGAAGAAAGAGAUUUAUAUACUGUAUAUAAAUAUAUAUGUAAAUUGUAUAGUUCUUUUGUACAGGCGUUGGCAUUGCUGUUUGUUUAUUCCCUUCCCUCACCCUGCUCUAGGUUGUGGGAGUUCUGGACACACAGCCCAGCUUUCCAGAACCCAGGACCGUAGCCCCUGCCCCCCUGCAUUAUGUCUGGAAACUGCCCCCUGUGUGUAUAUGGACGGGAGCCCUUUGAUAUUCAGACUCCCUCAGUUCCUUCCUGGUGGGAGUAGGGUACCGCCCUAUGCCAUAGCUACCAAGGCUGACAAGACAGAAACGGUUGGCCUCCUCAAGGGAGGUUGGGUUGGGGGAGAGAUGGGAGUUGCCCUGGAGGGAGGGCAGUAGCCAGCUCAGGCACCACUUCUCCCACUCCCGUGUGUUCCUGUUAUCCAGACCCCCAGGUGGCUCAGGAUGGGGGUGGGGUACCCCAGGAUCCUAGUGACACACAGAGCAAAUAUCCUCAGCGGAUUUGCAUUAGGUCAGUUGAAACAUUUUUACCCACAUUUAACAUCUGCUCUGUAAAGCAUGAGACGGGUAGCAAAGAAGAAAAAGGCACACAGUGGCACCUUUUAUCUGUAGAUGUUUCAUGUUUAAGCAGCAGAGGGAAGAGGAAAGAAAGCGCUAUUGGUGAGUGAGGUGCCCACAGAAAGUCUCCCACAGAUGAGGCUUCCAGAGACCUAGGCUGCCAGGUCGGACUGGCUUUUUACCUCCACGUCCUCCUCCUCCCCUCCCCCCACUGCCACCCGCACUCCGCUGUGGUCAGCACAAGCCCGAGGAAGGAGUUGGGUCAGUCACCUUGUUGGUAACUGACUGGUUUUAUUGUUUAACCCAAUACUGACAUCCCUCCUGUUCCCUCCGGUGCUCUUGCGGGCUUCUAGGCUUGAGGUCAAUUCCAGAGCAGCCCUGACGUUGGGCCUCCUAUUUCUGCCUCCCCUGGAAAUGCAAAGAUGAUAACCUAAUGAGGGAGAAAUCCUGGCCUAUCUUUCCACAGACGUUUUACCAGGGUUCCAAUGGGGGCUGCCCAGCCUUCGGGUCAGAUGCACAGCUUCCUCUGCCCAGGUGACCAUGUCCAUUCAGACAGAGAGCAACAAAUGACACUUAGCGCCUCUUCUCAGGAGCAGCCAUGGCAGCAGGGAGGGAGGGCGGGUACCCCAGGACUGGUGCCCUUAUCGGUUUGCUCUUGAGAAUGUGGCCUCACAUUGUCUCCCCUCCUGGUGUUCCCAAAAGUGCAUGACCUUGCAGGACUGUACCCCUCCCUGGUCUGGAAAGCUUUGGCACCGGAAGCACCGGCCUUCUCAAGGCCCAGCUCUGGGGAGGGCCCCUCAGGGACAAGCAUGGCCUUUCUGGACUUGAUCUGAAGGUUCUUGCUGUCCUGGCGAAAGUCCUAGAGCUUGUCUUGGGGAUGACUGGAGGCCCCCUACUAAGGUGAAAAGGGACCCCUCGCCCAUUAGCCUGGCCCAGAAAACUCUGUGCUGGAGCUGGAUGGACCUCCCAGGAGACCCCAAGCCCUUCUCUGGCCUGGAGGAAGCGUAUCAACAUAGAGAAAGCACCUCCUGUAGAAAUCAGACUCUCCCCCAGUCAUCUUCUUUCUCAUGUGUGUAGGCUGUGUUGUGUGGUUUUCCUUUGUGAAGAGGGAGGGAGACUAUUUGUAGCUUGUUUUAUAAAAAAUAAAAAUGCGUCAACCUUG